UAUUCGCUAUACAGCAGAAGAUAUAUUUACAUUUUAAUAUGUUUCAUCCCAGAAAAUUUCUUCAUUUAUGAACAUUUACAGCAAUAAAUGAGCGCUACAUCUUCAGUGCGACCGCCGGUAACGACCUCUCCCUUUAACACCAACGACUUCCCCUUUAAGCGUCCUUUCAAUUCCCUAUUUGUGUCGGCGAUUCGCACAUCGCCGGUGCUCGAUGCUGAUUUAUACCUAUUUUAAUUGGAGCUUUUGUCUGCGAUGUGCCGCUUUCACACGCUGCUGCUCGGCUUACUUUCUCUGCUCGUCCCGGAGGUUGGGGGUUACUUCGCGGAGGAACGCUGGAGCCCAGAGUCCCCCCUGCUCGCACCCCGGGUGCUCAUAGCGCUCAUCUGCCGCAACGCGGAGCACUCUCUGCCUUACUUCCUCGGCACCUUGGACCGCCUGCGCUACCCAAAGGACCGCAUUGCUCUCUGGGUGGCGACAGACCACAAUAUAGACGACAGCACAGCCAUCCUCCGGGAAUGGCUUGUCAAGGUUCAGAGUGUUUAUCACAAUGUGGAGUGGAGACCACAGGAAGGCCCCCAGAGUUAUGAAGAUGAGGGUGGUCCCAAGCAGUGGAGAACCCUGCGCUACGAGCACGUCAUGCAGCUGCGCCAAGCGGCACUGGAGGCAGCGCGUGACAGCUGGGCCGAUUACUAUUUGUCGGUGGACUGCGACAACCUCCUGACCAACACAGAUGUGCUAUGGAAGCUCAUCAGUGAGAACAAGACUAUCGUGGCACCGAUGCUGGAGUCACGUGCGGCAUACUCCAACUUCUGGUGUGGCAUGAGCUCGCAGGGCUACUACAAGCGGACCCCUAACUACAUUCCCAUCCGCCGGCGGGAGCGCAGGGGCUGCUUCGCUGUUCCCAUGGUGCACUCCACCUUCCUGGUGGACUUGCGCAAAGAGAAAUCCCGCCAGCUGGCCUUCUACCCCCCCCACCCUGACUAUAGCUGGGCCUUUGAUGACAUCAUCAUCUUCUCCUUCUCUGCUCGCAUGGCAGGUGUACAAAUGUUCCUGUGUAACAGAGAGAAUUAUGGGUACCUUCCCAUUCCUGUACGUUCCCACAAUUCCCUGAAGGAUGAGGCUGACAGCUUCGUGCAUUCCCUGCUGGAGGUCAUGGUGCAUUACCCCCCUGUGGAGCCCUCCAGCUUCAUCUCUGUUCCCCCCAAAUCCCCAGAUAAGGUCGGCUUUGAUGAGGUCUUCAUGAUCAACCUGCAGCGGCGGCUGGACCGGCGCCGGCGAAUGCUGUGGUCUCUCCACGAGCAGGAGAUCACCUGCAAGAUCAUCAAUGCCGUGGAUGGCAAUGCACUGAAUGCCAGUCAGAUCCAGUCCAUGGGGAUCCAGAUGCUGCCUGGGUACAGUGACCCAUACCACGAACGGCCCCUCACCAAGGGAGAACUGGGCUGCUUCCUCUCCCACUACAACGUCUGGAAGGAGAUUGCAGAGCGCAAGCUAAAGACCUCCCUGGUGAUUGAGGAUGACUUGCGUUUUGAGAUCUUCUUCAAGCGACGUCUGCAGAACCUGAUGAACGAGGUAGAGAGCCAUGGCUUAGACUGGGAUCUCAUAUAUGUUGGGCGGAAGAGGAUGCAGGUGGACCAUCCAGAGAAAUCUGUGCCCAAGAUUCGUAGUCUGGUAGAGGCUGACUAUUCUUAUUGGACAUUGGGAUAUAUGAUUUCACUGCGGGGUGCCAAGAAGCUGCUGAGGGCAGAACCCCUCAGCAAGAUGCUGCCAGUAGACGAGUUUCUUCCUGUGAUGUACAACAAGCAUCCCAUCUCACGCUACAUGGAGCAUUUCCCAACCCGGGAUCUGAAGGCUUUCUCAGCUGAGCCGCUCCUGGUCUUUCCCACGCAUUACACGGGUGACCAGGGCUAUGUCAGCGACACGGAGACCUCCACGCUUUGGGACAACGAGGGCGUGCCCACUGACUGGGACCGUGCCCGUUCAGGCAAGACCAGUGAACAACAGAAGCUCAGCCAGGAGGCCCAAAACUCCAAUGUCAUCCAGUCUCCACUGGACAGCACCGCACAUGACGAGCUCUGACAGUCUGGGUCUUUGGGUCAGAACAGGUGGACGAAUAUCUCAAACAGAUCUGGGGGGCAAUCAGAAGCAGGGGGACUGCAGUAACCCCCCCAGCAGAAGCCAUCUACAGUGGUGCUGCUGAGGUGGAUGCAGAGGGGAGGGCAGAGGGGGUGUGAAGGCACCUCUGAGGCUCCUCACUUACUUUAGGUUUUGCUGAUUUAGGUUUUUCAAAUGAUCGUUUUUCUUGUCUGUGAUCUCAGCAUUCUAAGUAGGGUUUCAGCUGAUUUUGUCUUUUGGGAGUGUUGAACUAGUGUUACAAUGUCAGAUUAAGGAGCAUAGCAGGAAUGUUUGUCCUCAUGAACACGUGAAAUGGACUAAAAGUGUAAUUUAUGUUGUAGGUUCUGUUUUUCCUUCAAAUUCAUAUUACAUUGUGAGUGAAGAUCUGUACAGUUAAUGUUUUUAAUUUAUAUAACAUUUUAAAAUUAUCCUGACACUUAUUAGAAACUCUGCCCCUCCCCCCCUUUGCUGACAGUUGCACAUGAUCUUAAGGGCUAAAUGCUAACAAUAUUAAUGCUAAUAGCACUGGCUAAUAGCACUGGCCAGAGGGAGUCAUCCACACCAUGAAAGAGCGGAAUUAAAGUGGACCCUUAAGGUGUCUGUCAAACUCACUUUCAUUCUGCCUUUAAUUCUUCUCUGUGGAUAUCAGGCCUUCCUUUGUAAAGUCAUAAAAUCCUACUGACUUAUUGCUUGAAAAAAAAACAUUUUUAUCCUAAAAUGUGUGUUACAGUGCAGGAUUGAAGUGCAGUUAAAAUGUUUCUGAGACUGUAGCGCUGCCCUGCUGGUGAUGCUGUUUACUGUAAAGCUGAGAGGAUCAGCUGCUAUUCCGGUUCUUUGAAGAGCUUCUGACAAAUUCUCAUUUUUCUGCAAUUGUGCCUUAUACCAAAGAAUAAACUAUUCUAAAAACCAA